AUGCCUAUUGAUCCAAAGAGCGUUCUGGGUCGUUACCGCCAGCUGGCUCCCUCUGCUUCAGUGCGAGUUUCGCCAUUAUGCCUAGGCACAAUGACAUUCGGCGGUACGCAUCCCGAGAAAUACGGCGCGUGUAGCAAAGAAGAUGCUUUUGCAAUGAUGGAUUUCUUCUACGACAACGGUGGCAACUUCUUCGACACAGCAAACUCCUACCAAGAUGGCCAGUCCGAAGUUUGGCUGGGUGAAUGGAUCGCCUCCCGCAAGAACCGCGAUGAACUUGUGAUAGCCACCAAGUAUACCUCCCCGUAUAUGCUGCACCAUGGAGACAAGAUCCAGGCCAACUUUAUCGGCACCGGAACCAAAUCCAUGAACCACUCCGUGGAUGAAUCUCUGCGAAAACUUCAGACCACUUAUAUCGAUCUGUUCUACGUCCACUGGUGGGACUACACAACCUCGAUCCCGGAAUUGAUGCAAAGCCUCAACAACUUGGUCGUGUCAGGAAAGGUACACUACCUCGGCAUUUCGGAUACACCUGCUUGGGUCGUGACCAAGGCGAACGCGUAUGCCCGCCAGCAUGGGCUGCGCCAAUUCUCGGUGUAUCAAGGGAAGUGGAAUGCCGCAAGGCGAGACCAUGAACGAGACAUCGUUCCCAUGUGCGCUGAUGAAGGAAUGGGUCUGGCCCCGUACGCGACCUUGAACGCUGGCAACUUUCAAACAGCCGAAGGUUACAAAGCCCGCGAGAAGUCGAAUAACGGGCGCAAUUUUAUUCCCGUAUGUGCGCGGGACAAGCAAGUUGCCGCUAUUCUGGAGAAGAUCGCCAACAAGAAGGGUGGAGGUGUGACACUGUUGAAUAUCGCGCUGGCGUAUAUCUGUCAUAAGGCGCCAUAUGUCUUUCCCAUUGUUGGUGGACGGACUGUCGACCAUCUGAAAGGCAGUAUUCCCGGCCUGGCCGUCUCGCUAUCGAAGGAUGAGAUUGAGGAGAUUGAGACUGGGUAUGAAUUUGAUCAUGGAUUCCCUCAUAGCUUUUUGAGUGGCACUUUGUUCGACCUUUCUCACCCGAGAGGAGCUGCAGGCCCUGAGGACGUCUGCUUGACCAAGCAAUGUGGUCCCUUUGACUGGAUCGAGCGUCUCAAGCCGAUCAAGCCCAGCCCGUCGACAUAG